UUAAACAACAAUUUUAUUAAUUCUAUUCAUAAUAUUGAGUUAAAUCUAUGUUUUUCAGACAAAACCACUUCUUCACACAAAACCUUAGCACUAAAUCCACAACUCAUUGAAAGUCAUUACAGAAAUAAAUGGUUUAAACGGCAAAAACUUUACAUUCAGUGGAGAAGAACUUCAAAACGAUUUGGAUGUUUACUGAUUGGAGUCGAGGCUAGACUUCGAUAUAGAGUUGUUGUGGAAAUGACCUCAUCAUCCAGUGAUACGACCAGCAGCUCAAUGACCGGCACUUCUCCUCUAAUAAACAAGAUGUCCAUUUCUAUCGUAGCCACAGAUCCCUCCACUAUUAAAAAAGGUCUUCUUUGGCAACAAAGGGAUCGAUUCUUCAGCCGUUGGAAAGAGAGAUUUUUUGUAUUAACAAAGGAUUAUUUGUCGUGUUUUAAAAAGGGCUCUAAAGUGGGAAUGUCUGAAAUGGGAAGCUUUAUGUACAAAUUGACACUUAUAGACGUUGAAGGGCUUAAUUGGGCCGAUAAGAAGAAGGAUGGAGUCAUAGCUAUUCGGGUGGGAACUGAAGGACAGUUACUUUUGUGGACCAAUUCUGGUUUAGAUGAAUGGAUGUUUGCACUGAGAGAAGCUGUUAACCGAAGUAAAGGCAGAAGAGAGGCAUUACGUAAAUCGCAGACAUUAUUACCAUCGAUGACUGGAGGAGGCAUUUGGAACCGGCAAAAGAUAUCGUCAUUGCACUACACUUUGGGUGACAGUCCUUUGGGCGCCUGUAAUACGACAUCCCGUUUGCAAAGAGCGACGAGCGCUGACUUCACGAGUUGUGAGGACGCAAACCGUCAAUUAAGGUCAACCAUUCAUCACAAUCCAACUCCAGUACUGAACCGUCGGUUUCAACGUAUAUCGGUGUUGAGCACAAACAUCGAUCUGAGUCUUGAGAACGGGUCGGCAGGAGAGCGGAGAUCAAUGACACCGCACGAAGACCACAACCAAUUGGCCAAUCGGGCGGGUCUACCGAGAUUGGCCCCGCAGUGCGGCGGCGGAACCAACAAUAACAACAGCCAAUCAAAUGCCAAUGUAAUCGGCAAUUGUUCGCAGAAUAGUUCUCUUCAGUCGUUAGUAUCGUUGGGACGAACCACUGGACAGUUGAUGACCCAUCAGUUCAAUAGACCGAGUCCUCGAUCAUUGCAAGUGUCGCCCGCAUUGGCCCAGCGGUCACUGUAUGCACAACACAUACUGUCAUCGCCAGAGAUAAUCGGUGUGAAUACCACUGACAACAGACACCACCAAAUGGCCAAAUCGGCUCUCAAGACGGCCACCUCUGAGUUUUCGUUUAUACGGCCCGACUCUCCGUUGACUCUUCCACACAAUAAUCGGGUGCCAAACGCGGCCAACAAUAAGAGACCACAAUAUGUUCGGUCCCAGAGUUGUCUCGAACCGCAACAACAGCACCGAAUGGAUGGCCCGAAGAUGGGAACCAAUGUUUACAACAGUGGUGUGAAUCGAUCGCAAUCGGCGUCCACUAAACAGACAAUGGAAAGAAUGAUACAACAGUCGACCCGUCCCUCCAGUAUAUACGGACAGCCGUCACUCACAGACAAAUCAUAUAAUAGUAUGAAAAGCAAUCAUAACAGCAAUUAUCGUAUACAGGAAUACGCGAGUUGUGGUGACCCCAGCAUAGGCUUAACAAAUAGCGGUCAAACCAACGGCUAUAUGAAUGCUAUGAACGGCGGACAGAGAGUGAAUUUGCGCGACACUAAGUCAAUGCCAAAGCGACACAUCAGACACUAUAAGCCUUCAAAGUCUGAUACUAUAUUUGCCACAACUAAUAGACUUCACUCUAUUAGCAGUAGUGGAGAGAAAAGUAUUAAUGAAACCAAUGUCUCGACAAAUGAUAAACUAAUUAAUAGAAAGCGAAUGCAAUCAAAGGAAUUGUUUGCCGUCAGAUGAUUGAGAAAUUAGAAAAACUUUAUCAAAACUUUUUAAAAUAACAAUUAACUGUAAAAACAAUGUUAAUAAUAAUUUACAUCUUUUUAUAUGAUAUCAAUUAUUAGUACAUAAAUAAUAUACAAUUAUGUAUAAUAUAUGAAAAGGUUUUUUAUACAAUCUAUUAUACAAUUCUUUAUGAUUAGCGCACAGAAUAUAAGUGUGUGUUUGCCUUCAUUUCACACGACCUAACAGUGCGGAUGAAUUUAAUAUCAAUUAUUCAAAGAGAAUCUAAUAAAACAAACAAUUUUUUGACAACAUUUUAAUUUAAAUUUAUGAACACUUAGUAUA